UAUUCAGUCUAACCCAAAGACCCGAAGUACGAUUCUGCGAGCGCCAGAUAGAGUCAGGAUGACAUCCAACCGAACUGCAGACGAGCUCCUCAAGUGGGGUCUCCGACACUCUGCUGGCCCGUCGACAGAUGGCAGCGACGGCGCUGGCGCGAGCGCUGAGGCCGCGCCAAGUUCGAUCGCCGCCAUUAGCGCUGACAUUGCAGCGGGCAAGCGGCCAGAUCUGUCAGACCCCAACCUCUACCAGGCGAUCAUGGGAAAGAGUGAGGCACAGAUGAUGCAAGAGGAGCUGGCAGUCGCUCUGGAUGAGGGGAGAAGGGAAGAGGAUCGAUGUACUGCAUUAGACAAUUUCGAGAUGCUAAUCGAACAAGUGGACAAUGCGAACAAUAUCAUGAACAUGAAAAUGUGGCCGCCACUUCUUACCCUUCUUGAGUCACCGCUCCCGUCGAUCCAGCUUGCCGCCGCAUGGAUUGUGGGGACAGCAGUGCAGAACAACGACAAGGCGCAGAUGGCCGUGCUCUCAUUCGAUCCACUGCCGCGUCUGCUCGAGAUUCUCGACGGCAGUGACAAGGCCGAGGUGCGAAGCAAAGCAAUGUACGCGCUCAGCGGCAUCCUUAAGCACAAUCCACAGGCGGUUAAGGUCUUUGCCGAGGAGUGCGACGGGUGGCAAAAGUUGCAGGCGGCGCUUAGUGAUCCGAACAUCACGCUCCGCCGCAAGACGGCUUUUCUGAUCUGCAGCCUGUUGCUGCAAGAUCAAGCGGCUGGAGAUGCAGACCAGGGCGACAGCGCCACGCCGGCGAGCGUAGCGACAGGACCCUCACCUGCACUGAGCAACCCAACCUCAGGCACCUCGACGCCGUCUCGCGCAACAGCUGUCGUCCCGCACGCGUCGUCAGCCAAUCCGAGCUCGUCAGCACCAAGCGGGUGUGCACCGCUCGAGCUGGGGCCGGAGACGUACCGCGCUGGCGUGGCGCAUCCGAACGUCUCACGUGCCGUGAAGAGCAGCGGGCUGCUGCGCACGCUCGCCUUGUCGCUCCUGCCGCCCCCCUCGAGCGCGGACGCUUGGGAGAGCGUGGCCGCGUGCGGUGAGGACGGCGACAAAGAGGCACGCAGCGACCUGGACUAUGCAGAGAAGGCUACGCGUGCGCUGUUCGUCUUUGUCGAGCGUGCUACAGAGGAUGCGCGACGCAGUGUUGCACUCGAUCAGCAGGACCGCGCGGUGCUCACCCGCGUGAGGGAUGAGCUGUCGGGAAAGCCGCUCGACCCUGCUAGUGGCAGCUACCAGACGCGAUGGGAGGAGAUUGGCAUCGAAAAGGAAGAGUGGCAAGCGUUCGAGCAAAGGCUGGCACGAUUGUUCGGGCAGUAAGGGGGAGGGUCCAGCUCCUCCUGGCAUGCUGAAUUAGCACUCUGCACCCAUCAUUGCCCUCGUUAUAUGUAUGCAUGUAUCCUACUUGACCACGGCACGACAACUUCUUGUAAAUCAGCAG